AUGCCUAUACAGGGUUCAUGGAGUUAUACAGUCACUGGCGAGUCGAGCGACACAGACGUCGUCCAGUUUCGAGCAGGCCGCUCGAAACUCAACAUGAAGAACGUCAACAUCGCUAUGGAGGUACAUACAAAGUACGUUCCCCAAUGUAUAUAUCAUGGACAAAUUGGUGGACGAAACCCUUUGUCUGUCUACGUGAUGGAGAAAUGUUCUGGUGUAUGCUACAUCCAAGCGAGGAACAUUUCAAUGGAAAGAAAAGCAGAAUUUGAGACGAGGCAGUUCCGGACAGUUGGCGAUCUUGCCAGUUUCUUUGCGGAGGCAUGGAAGGGAGCGCAGCAGGUCUCUCCAACUGAUGCCAGCGACUUACGCCAGGAAAUUGAAACUGAUCUCGAUCGACUAUCCCAGCAGCUACCCGAUCGCUUUUCAAGGACUCUAAACCUAGUCCGUAAGGGUAUUCCCAGAAUAUUCACCCUCCCCUUCGUGAUUACUCACGGUGAUCUAAACGAAACCAACAUUCUUGUUGAUGAUGGCUAUAUCACAGGGGUUAUUGACUGGGCAGAGUCUACAAUUUACCCUUUUGGUAUGUCUCUAUGGGCAUUAGAGAACAUCCUUGGCUAUAUGGAUAAGACGGGCUGGCAUUACCACGAAAAUGCCAAAGACCUCCGGAAUGAGUUUGGGAUACAUGUUGGGAGCCUCCAGGAAGAGGUAAAGCAAAAGAUCCUCUUGGCGCGGAUGCUCGGAUUAUUCCUGCGCUAUGGCUUUGAACAGGAUGGAUCAGCUCGUGGAAGAGUUAGGGACACUGAUGCUGCCCUUAGGUAUGCUGACGCUUUCUGCACAGGAGGCAUCUAG